AUGAUAUCUGCUUCCAUGUCGGAGCAGUAUCAAAAGUCUGACGAAAUGUCGUCCCCUGAGCCCCUCGACGAUGAGCCCCGCGAGGCGAAAUAUCAGAAAAGCUUCGACACCCUCGCUGCCCCCGAAUUCGGCCUCCACGAUACCAGCAGUUUCGAAACUCUCAAUGCACCUGGCACUCCCCCUACCUCAUCUCCCAAGAAGAGUCCAGAAUGGAGCAUGACCCCGCAAGUCAUUCAGAAUGCCCAACGUGACGAAGAGGCUGGAUUCAAACGACGCGAGCUUGGAGUUACCUGGCAGAACCUUUCUGUGGAGGUCCUAGCUGCCGAAGCUGCUGUCAAAGAGAACAUGAUUUCUCAAUUCAAUAUCCCUCAACUUGUCAAGGAUAUGCGUCAGAAACCGCCACUCAAGUCAAUUUUGUCCGACAGUCAUGGCUGUGUCAAGCCUGGUGAGAUGCUACUUGUCCUGGGUCGACCUGGUUCGGGAUGUACCACACUACUUAAGAUGCUUGCCAAUCGUCGUGAAGGAUUCCACACCAUCAAUGGAGAUGUGCGUUUUGGAAACAUGACACCCGACGAAGCGAUUAAGUAUCAAGGCCAAAUCGUGAUGAACACGGAAGAAGAGCUGUUCUAUCCUCGUCUUACCGUCGGCCAAACAAUGGAUUUCGCCACCAAGAACAAGGUCCCUUCCCAUGUUCCCGGAGCCAAGAGUGUCGCUGAAUAUACCGCGGAAACCAAGCAAUUCCUGUUGGAGUCUAUGGGUAUUUCGCACACAGCUGACACAAAAGUUGGAAACGAAUUUGUUCGCGGUGUGUCCGGUGGUGAAAGAAAACGAGUUUCUAUUAUUGAAUGUCUCGCAACAAGAGCCUCGGUAUUCUCAUGGGAUAACAGCACCCGUGGUCUUGAUGCUAGUACGGCAUUGGAAUGGGCGAAAGCUCUGCGCGCUAUGACAGACGUCCAAGGCCUUUGUACUAUCGUCACCCUUUACCAAGCCGGAAACGCCAUCUACAACCUAUUCGAUAAGGUUCUUGUCCUCGACGAAGGAAAGCAGAUUUACUAUGGCCCUGCCGCGCAAGCAAGGCCGUUCAUGGAGAAUCUCGGUCUGAUGUAUACCGAAGGAGCAAACAUUGGUGAUUUCCUCACUGGUGUGACAGUUCCUACAGAGCGAAAGGUCCGACCUGGCUGGGAAAACCGAUUCCCUCGAACCGCCGACGCUAUUUUGGCCGAGUAUAAGAACUCGCCUAUAUACAAGAACGAAAUUUCCCACUACAAUUAUCCUGAAACUGAUGUUGCGGCCGAGCGCACAGCGGCAUUCAAGGAAUCGGUUGCCUGGGAAAAGUCGAAGCGCCUACCUAAGAGCAGUGAUUUGACCAUCAGUUUCUUCGACCAAGUCGCUUCCUGCACCCGAAGACAGUACCAAAUUCUGUGGGGUGAGAAGUCUACUUUCUUGAUCAAGCAGGUUCUGUCUUGCGUGAUGGCAUUGAUCGCUGGCUCUUGCUUCUAUAACUCCCCCGACACUACCGAGGGCCUGUUCACCAAAGGUGGCGCCAUCUUCUUCUCGCUUCUGUAUAACUGCAUUGUGGCCAUGUCUGAGGUCACUGAAUCAUUCAAAGGACGUCCUAUCCUCAUCAAGCAUAAGAGCUUCGCGAUGUACCAUCCAGCGGCGUUCUGUCUGGCUCAAAUUACGGCAGAUUUCCCUGUCUUGCUGUUUCAGUGUUCAAUUUUCUCGAUUGUCAUCUACUGGAUGGUUGGUCUGAAGCACACCGCGGCUGCUUUCUUUACUUUCUGGGCCAUCCUCUUCACGACAACUUUAUGUAUCACUGCCUUGUUCAGAAUGAUUGGAGCUGCAUUCAGCAGCUUCGAAGCCGCUUCCAAGAUCUCUGGAACCGCUGUCAAGGGAAUUGUUAUGUACGCUGGCUACAUGAUUCCCAAGCCAAAGAUCAAGAACUGGUUUGUUGAGCUGUAUUACACCAACCCAUUUGCAUACGCUUUCCAGGCCGCCAUGUCCAACGAAUUUCAUGGCCAAGUCAUCCCCUGCGUUGGCCGAAGCCUCGUUCCCAACGGCCCAGGUUAUGAGGAUAUGGAUGAUGCCAACAAAGCCUGUACAGGUAUUGGUGGUGCUACCACUGGUGCUAGCUUUGUCACUGGAGAUCAAUAUCUUGCGUCUCUCCACUACCAUGCUUCUCAAUUGUGGCGAAACUACGGUAUCCUCUGGGCUUGGUGGGCCUUCUUCGCUGCCUUGACUGUCAUCUUUACAUGCUUAUGGAAAGGUGGAGCCGGCUCUGGAUCAUCUCUCCUCAUUCCUCGUGAGAGUCUGAAAAAGCACCGAGCUCACAACGAUGAGGAGUCUCAACACAAUGAGAAGAGUGCUCGUACGACAGCCGAUGAGCCUGUUGAUACUGAUGAUGGUAACCUUGUUCGAAACACGUCUAUUUUCACAUGGAAGAAUCUCACGUACACCGUUAAAACCCCUACCGGAGAUCGCGUUCUGCUAGACAACAUCCAUGGAUGGGUCAAGCCCGGCAUGCUUGGCGCUCUGAUGGGAUCUUCUGGAGCUGGCAAAACUACCCUACUUGAUGUGCUCGCCCAGCGCAAAACCGAAGGUACUAUCAAUGGUUCUAUUAUGGUUGACGGUCGACCACUGCCCAUCUCAUUCCAAAGAAUGGCUGGUUACUGUGAACAGCUCGACGUUCAUGAACCCUUCGCCACCGUGAGAGAGGCCCUUCAAUUCUCUGCUCUCCUUCGCCAGUCCCGUGACACCCCGAAAGAGGAAAAGCUCAAGUACGUCGAGACCAUCAUCGAUCUCCUCGAGCUCCAUGACCUCGCCGACACCCUUAUCGGUGGCGUGGGCAAUGGACUCAGCGUUGAGCAAAGAAAGCGUGUGACUAUUGGUGUGGAACUAGUUUCCAAACCUAGUAUUCUUAUCUUCCUCGACGAGCCCACAUCCGGUCUUGAUGGUCAAUCAGCCUAUAACACAAUUCGUUUCCUCCGAAAACUUGCCGACAUUGGCCAAGCCAUCCUUGUCACUAUUCACCAACCUUCCGCGCAGCUUUUCGCCCAGUUUGAUACCCUUCUCCUUCUUGCCCGAGGUGGAAAGACAGUCUACUUUGGUGAUAUUGGUGAAAAUGGAGCUACCAUCAAGCACUAUUUCGGCCAGUACGGUGCUAUAUGUCCUCAAGAAGCCAACCCAGCUGAAUUCAUGAUCGAUGUCGUGACUGGUGGUAUCGAGGCUGUUAAGGAUAAGGACUGGCACCAGAUCUGGCUUGAGUCUCCUGAGCAGCAUGCGAUGAUUACUGAGCUCGAUAGAAUGAUUGAUGAUGCCGCAAACAAGCCCCCAGGAACAGUUUCCGAUGGCUAUGAGUUCUCGAUGUCCCUAUGGGAUCAGACAAAGAUCGUCACUCAGCGCAUGAAUGUCGCUCUUUUCCGGAACACGAACUAUGUCAACAACAAAAUGUCUCUGCACAUUAUCUCUGCCCUUUUGAACGGAUUCUCUUUCUGGAGACCUGGCCCUGGUGUGAACGCCUUGAACUUGAAGAUGUUUACUAUCUUCAACUUCGUCUUCGUCGCCCCCGGUGUUAUCAACCAACUGCAACCUCUCUUUAUCCAGCGCCGUGAUAUUUACGACGCCCGUGAAAAGAAAUCCAAGAUGUACUCCUGGGUUGCGUUCGUUACCGGACUGAUCGUUUCUGAGUUCCCUUACCUCUGCAUCUGCGCGGUCCUCUAUUUCGCUUGCUGGUAUUACCCAGUCUGGAGACUUCCUCAUGAUUCGAACCGAAGCGGCGCAACUUUCUUCAUCAUGCUGAUUUAUGAGUUCAUCUACACCGGUAUCGGCCAGUUCAUUGCUGCUUAUGCACCUAACCCUACUUUCGCUGCACUCGUCAACCCGCUGAUCAUCAGUAUCCUGGUUAUCUUCUGCGGUGUCUUCGUGCCAUACACUGAGCUGAACGUCUUCUGGAAAUAUUGGAUGUACUGGCUCAACCCGUUCAACUAUGUCGUUUCUGGAAUGUUGACAUUCGGUAUCUGGGAUGCGAAGGUUACCUGCAAUGAGGAUGAGUUCGCCGUGUUCGAUCCUACCAAUGGUACCUGUGCGCAGUAUCUCAAGGAUUACUUGUCUGGUGAGGGAUACAUGGCCAAUUUGAUCAAUCCUGAUGCUACAUCAGGCUGUAAGGUGUGCGAAUACACCAAUGGCAGUGACUUCUUGAAGACUUUGAACAUCAAUCAUUAUUAUGUUGGGUGGAGAGAUGCUGCUAUCUCUGUUAUCUUUGCUAUCAGUGGAUAUGCCUUGGUUUUCGGGCUGAUGAAGCUGAGAACCAAGGCCUCAAAGAAGGCAGAGUAG